AAAAAAGUAAACUUGAAAAGUAUAUAUAUAUAUCAAAGGAUUCAAGUAGUUUUUGUCAAAUAUACAAAACCAUGGCUUCUCAUGCAGCUUUGGCUCCUUCAAGAAUUCCUACAAGCACAAGGCUUCUAUCUAAGAACUCUUACUCUUUCCCUACUCAAUGCUUCUCUAAGAAAUUUGAAGUAGCAGAGUUCUCUGGUCUUCGAUCGAGUGGAUGUGUGACAUUUUGUAACAAGGAGUCUUCCUUCUUUGAUGUUGUGUCUGCCCAACUCACUCCCAAGACCACAGGAUCAGCAGGACCUGUGAAAGGAGAAACUGUUGCCAAAUUGAAGGUUGCCAUCAAUGGUUUCGGACGAAUUGGCAGGAACUUCCUCCGUUGUUGGCAUGGACGCAAGGACUCACCAUUGGAUGUCGUUGUCGUCAAUGACAGUGGUGGUGUCAAGAAUGCAUCUCACUUGCUUAAGUAUGAUUCCAUGUUGGGAACAUUCAAGGCUGAUGUGAAAAUAGUGGAUAAUGAAACCAUUAGUGUUGAUGGAAAGAACAUUAAGGUUGUCUCUAGCAGGGAUCCUCUUAAGCUUCCAUGGGCUGAACUUGGUAUUGACAUUGUUAUUGAGGGAACCGGUGUGUUCGUUGAUGGUCCGGGUGCUGGGAAGCACAUCCAAGCUGGUGCCAAGAAAGUUAUCAUCACUGCUCCAGCAAAAGGUGCUGAUAUUCCUACCUAUGUUGUUGGAGUGAAUGAACAAGACUACUCUCAUGAGGUUGCCAAUAUCGUAAGCAAUGCCUCGUGCACCACCAACUGCUUGGCCCCUUUUGCAAAAAUCCUGGAUGAAGAAUUUGGUAUUGUUAAGGGAACCAUGACAACAACUCACUCUUACACCGGAGAUCAGAGGCUUCUGGAUGCAUCACACCGUGACUUGAGGAGAGCGAGAGCUGCAGCAUUGAACAUAGUCCCGACCAGCACUGGUGCAGCAAAGGCUGUGUCUCUAGUGCUACCUCAGCUCAAGGGAAAGCUCAAUGGAAUUGCUCUCCGAGUGCCAACACCUAAUGUUUCAGUUGUUGACCUUGUUAUCAAUGUUGAAAAGAAAGGACUUUCAGCUGAAGAUGUCAAUGCAGCUUUCAGAAAGGCAGCUGACGGUCCGUUGAAUGGCAUAUUGGCUGUUUGUGAUGAGCCUCUUGUGUCAGUUGACUUCCGAUGCAGUGAUGUUUCCACCACCAUUGACUCCUCUUUAACCAUGGUUAUGGGAGACGACAUGGUCAAGAUUGUCGCUUGGUAUGACAACGAAUGGGGAUACAGCCAACGUGUGGUCGACUUAGCUCAUCUGGUAGCAAGCAAAUGGCCUGGUUCAGCUGCAGAAGGGAGCGGAGACGCCUUAGAGGACUACUGCAAGACAAAUCCUGCAGACAAGGAAUGCAAAGUCUACGAAUAAUCUCUCUGCUUUCUUUUCCUUUUUGAAAUUCCGCAUGGAUGAUUUUUGAAGCUAAAUUGUUUCCCUUGUUCAAAAAUUUAUAAAUGAACGAAUGACAGUAAAAUCACACAGUUUCGAAA